AUGACCGAGACAUUCCAUGCGGCCGUAAUUUUUUUGCUGUUUCUUUUACUCAAUAUGGCAAGCACGCGAGACAAUAUGUACUUAGGCCACCCGAAGCUCAACGCUGCACUAACGUGUCGUCUCGUUGGAGGUUUGACCAGAGAGCAGAGAUCCGUUUGCCACGAAGCACCGGAUACAACUGCCAUAGCCUUUGAGGGGCUUCAGUUAGCGGUCAAGGAGUGUCAGCAUCAGUUCCGAUGGCAUCGAUGGAACUGCUCCAGUCUAUCUGUUAAGAGCAGUAAUCCUCAUUCCAGUGCUAUAAUGAAGAGAGGCUUUCGCGAGUCUUCUUUCCUCUACGCGUUGACCGCAGCCGGAGUUGCCCAUGCAAUUGCAAAAGCCUGUGCCCAAGGUCGACUCCUUUCGUGCGGGUGUGACGCGCUUGGUUACAGAGGCUCGCACGACCACCGGGGACGGACGAGAGUCAAUAAUAAAUGGGAAUGGAGCGGGUGCUCUCACAACCUGGGCUUUGGUAUUGAAUUCUCGAAGAAGUUCCUCGACGUCAGAGAGAAGGUCGGCGACUUGCAGUCGAGGAUAAACGUCCACAAUAAUGACGCUGGGAGAUCGAUACUAUCGUCUCAUAUGGAGGUGCGGUGCAAAUGUCACGGUUUGUCCGGAAGCUGUCAACUGCGGACAUGUUGGAGGACCACGCCUGAUUUCAGAGUGGUUGCUUCAACUAUCAAAAGACAAUAUCGGAAGGCAUUAGUUGCAGCGCAAGAGGGACAGAUUAAUAACGGCAUGUCAGUAUUGAAGGGUAGACCGAGGGGUAGGAGGAAGAGCAAACCACGACCGGCGCCAAAGACAAGUCUGUUGUUUUUUGAACGGUCACCGAAUUUCUGUGAAGUGGACCCCAGGACGGAUUCGGCCGGCACAAGUGGGAGGGUGUGUCGUGUGGGACGACCUUCGCGGUCUGGCGCUUGCGAGCUCCUGUGCUGCGGUCGGGGUCACUCUCUCGUCAGGAAAUCCAGCAUUAAGCCCUGCAACUGUACCUUUCACUGGUGCUGCACUGUCGACUGUCAACGGUGCAGAGACGAUAGAUGGAUUGCUGUUUGUAAAUAA